AUGCCCCCUCCGCUACACCAUUCGAGGAACGCCUCUUCCUCAUCUCUAAGUCUGCCUGUUGGUGCCGGUGAGGCCAGCGGCAGUACCACCCCCGGUGUUCCUCCACCGCUACCCCCAAGGCCAGGUGGAACCCCGGUUCCUCCAGUAGCGGUAAAUGAGUCGGCGCCGGACUCAGACUCGGAGUCUAUCACGCCCGCAGAUGUAGACGCACCCGGCACAUCCCUGCCCACGGAGAACCUCACACCGAAGGAAGAGGAGGAGCUUUCAGAGGUUCAGCUCCGCGAGCUGUAUAAUGAUGAGGAAAUUGAACGGUUCUUGUACCUCUUUUCAAUGUAUGUACGUGAAGUGCGCGCACCCGGCUCAGCCACGUCAACAACUUCAGCACAUGCUGCUUCUGCAAGCGCUCCAGCGUUGUCCGAGACGUUGUCACCACCAGAAAAUUCCGCUACUCCGACGCCAAGUCCAGCAACGGCGGAGGGCGACACCUCCCGCACACUUUCCGAGCGGAUCGCAAUCGACUAUUUCCUUCCUCUUCUCCCUCCGCCUCGCCCCCCACCAGCAGAGUUCAGCCUCGGUCGCCUCAACCAUACCACCCAGCGGCUAUACGUGUUGCUCGAGCCUCUGUACAGUCUCUUCGUCGUCCCGCUCCUGAGACUCGCAACCUGGGAGAAUCCGCGGAAGAGCUUUGCUUAUUGCGCUCUCUAUUGGAUCCUGUGGUACCAUGGACUGUUGCUAUCCGCACUGUUGCUCCGUAUGCUCUACAGCCUUGUGCGCAGGAAGCUCCAUCCUUACCCUAGCCUCGACGAACUUCGUGCGCACAGGACUAGGAUUGACCGGUCGCACACGUUCGGCGCGAUGCUUUCGGCGCGGUUAGCUACGUCGCCGACGCUUGGCGUGCAGGAUAUGUGGCACGUCUUCAAGGACUACAGGCGCACUCAGAAGCUGAAGAAGGCGGCGAAGGCACUCCACACCGAGGAAGCUGCAGGGCAAGCGGACGAUGCUGCUAGUAUGCAUAGUGUGGAUACGGAGAAACUUGAGCAGGCGCUCGAACCCGCGGUAGAAGAUAUCAAGGACGAGGAUCUCAAACGCCUAGGUUUACUCAUCUUGUCAGAUGUUGCAGACCUACUUGAGCGUAUCAAGAACAUUUUUCUCUGGCGUGACCCUCGCGCCUCUAUAUUCUACGGGGCAGUCCUCUUCGGCUGUUUCUUUUUGGUUCUACUGCCUGCGCGGUACUUGGUAAAAUCCAUCGGGUUCACUGUCGGCAUGUUGUUCUGGCACAUCGUACCUAUCCUGGUGGCCAUUCCUCCGUCUGAGAGAUCUCGCAUUCCACCCCCGCUCUCCAAAGUUCCUACAGAUGCGGAGUAUGCGAUGGACUUGAUAUCGCAACGCGUUGCGAGAGGACUGCCCGUACGACCUAAGAAGCGUAGGCGCAGACAACACCCGGCCGAGGUCGGUGUCGCGGAUGUAACGGCUGUGGACGAGCAAGAGCAAAGUAACAGCUCCUCGGUAGACUGGAACAAGUGGGGAGACCGUCUCGCAUCCACGAAGGAGCGUACUGGCGAAAUCAAGAAGAAACUCCAAGAUGGCCAGUGGAAGAAGCCGGAGAACUGGGCGGCGCUCAAUCCUCUCGCGCCGAUUGCGACAGCGCCACAAAGCGGGCCCGAGACCCGGAUCGAGACACACACCUUCCCAGCGCAGCUGAAGCAACACCCCGGCUUGAUCACGCUCACGCCAACGACGGUCUUCUUUACACCCCUGCUGUCAGCCGCCGCCACGCUUUCCAUUCCUCUUGCAGACGUGUCCAGAGUGAAGAAGGGCAGCCUGAUGAAGAGCAUCGAGAUCCAUUAUACCGAGACGCGCGCAGGCGGGUCUACAGAGCCCAAGGAGGUCAAGUUCCUGUUCGUUGGUUAUCGGGACGACUUGUUCGCGAGGCUCAUUAGCUGGGGAGGCAAGCGGUGGACGAACGUGUAG